AUGCCUUGAUUAGAAUUCCUUUGGUGUUUGACUGUACAUUCCAAAGUUCCAAAGACGGUAGCCCACAUUUUAAACAGCUCAGGUGUUCAGUCGUAAAGUACAGUAAAGGAAUAGGAUUUAGACCAGUGCCUGAUGCAACGGUUUAACAAGAUUGCUGUUGGAACCUGUCCAAAUUCAUUAUCAGGCUUCUUCAUCAAUAACCAUCAAAGCACAGGUGAAGUAUGUACAAGGGUUAUUCUCCGUUUGUAUACACAGAAGAGAACACUUAAUCAAACAUAUAUGUUUUCUAUAAACAAAUGUUCUCAUCACCAGCCUGUCAUUUUACAUGUGUCAGUAAUGCUUACUUGUAAAACACAGAAAUCAAAUGUAUUCCCGGUGGAAAAACAAUAAUGCUGAAUAUGAAACAGCAAUAAUGACACAUUCAUGAUGGGGUUACGGCUAACCCUAUUUCACCAACAGGCACUGGUAAAGGAAAGGUGUGUGUGUCAGAGACAAGGGGAAGUGGGGGUGUGCUCAGCAAUCUGGAAAUGAGAAAGGAGACUAAUAUUCCUCUCUCCCUCUUUCCUUCCCCCUCCCUCUCCCUCCACCUUUUGGCUCUUUAAAAGCCGCUGUCCGUGGUGUCUGUCUGCUUCAUUAUCGCUCUGUUGUAGCUGGAGGGGAUUCCUAUCCACUCUGCCUCGCGUCUCCCAGCCAACAACUGGAACUGAGCUGAAUAAGAACAAAUCUCAGACAACAGCCUACCUGACAUUGAAACAAAUAGGAACCUCCUGGACUAUUACUUAACUUUUGUUGGUGGACCACGUGUAUUUUGAGGGAAACAUGCUUCUGUACCCUGACCUUCUGGCCCUGCUCUUCCUCCAGCUUGCCCUCUCCAGCCCAUGGACACUAGCCUCCCGGCUGCCUCCUCUCAGAGGAAGGAGUCCCUCCAGUAAGGGCUUACAGGGGGCUAGGGCCCCCAACCAGAGGCAACAGUCUGGGGAGCUCAGCACCACCGUCCUGUUCCUGGGGGAGCCCUGUGGGGUCUACACCCUGAGCUGUGCCCGAGGACUCCGCUGCGCCCCACCACUGGGAGACCCCAGCCCCCUCCAGGCCCUUCUGCAGGGCAGGGGAGUCUGCGGCAACGCCAGUGAACCCAGCCCUUCUGAGAGUCCCCAGCCCAAAGCAACACACCCGACACUGACUGAAAACCUGGAGAAGGCUCCGUGUCGUAGGCUGCUGAACACUGUACUUAAAGGUCUUGAGCCCAUGGUCUUCCAGUCAGACCGUGGCGAUAUCUAUAUGCCCAACUGUGACAAGCGUGGUUUCUUCAGAAAGAAACAGUGUCGGUCGUCUCGGGGCAUGCACCGCGGUCACUGCUGGUGUGUGAAUGAGAGUGGCAUGCCAACAUCAUCACACACAAGUCCAGAGGGCACCCUGAUCUGUGACAAUGUAUGAGAGGGCACUGCCCAGUCCAACACACCCUGAAGUCUGGAAUAUUGACCAAUGGGUGAGGAUCAAGAGGAAAAGCAAGAUGAGGAGAAAAGAGAGGGAUAGAAGAACAGAAGAGCUGCCCAAAGUGCUGGACACUAAAUGGCCAAUACAUGCACAAUUCACCCAUCUAUAUCCCAAAUGGCACCCUUUGUAGGGAAUAGGGUGCCAUUUCAGAUGCAUUCCAUACUACACUACUACCUACAAGCACAUUUUUCCAAUUGCAUUUCUCCGGCAGGUCAUUCGCUUUAUUUAUCCCUGUAUGUUUGGUCUCACAGCGCUCUCUAGUGAUGAGUUGUGAUACAGUUCAAACCAGAGAUUAUUUACUAAAUAGGCUUCACCUGAGUUUAGACUGGAUAGGUAUGGAAUUAUUGCACUUUUUAGUUUCAACAUCUGUACUCUGUGUUAUAAAUAUGCAGAGUUGUGAGUUAAUUUUAUAACCUAACUCAAAGUGGGUAGACCUGUAGUAGACUACAUCCCCAAUCCCAUUCACCCGCUGCGUCCCAUGACAGUCUAGGCCAAGGUACUCAACUCUUACGCCACGAGGUCGACAGCCUGCUGGUUUUCUGUUCUACCUGAUAAUGAAUUGCACACACCUGGUGUCCCAGGUCUAAAUCAAUCCUUGAUUAUAGGGGGACAAUUAAAAAAUGCAGUGGAACUUGCUUCGAAGUCCAGAGUUGAGUUUGAGGGGUCUAGAGCUAGUGAUGAGGAUUGUCUCUGAUGAUGUUACCACUGUCGCUCUUAUAGUUCUGAAACUAUGCACUUAAAUCUGACAUUCUGAUGUUCAAACUCCAGGACCAAGAACAACUGGAGCACCUCCAACCUUUUUACUGACAUUAUAGCUGAGCAGACAUGUUUUUAGAGUAUAAGAUAUAGUCUUUUUAUAUACAUAUAUAAAUUAAAACCUGAUGUAUUAUUUAAUUAUCAGUAUGUAUUUUUUAUAACAAAUUGUACAUUUUAUUUAAGUGUUUUUUUGUCUUCUAUUGGGCAUGACAAAACAUUGUAUUUUGUACUGUACCUGCUGAACAUUAUAUUUUAUUGAUGUAA